AUGCAGUGUCCUACUGCCACCGGGAUUUACAUUCGCAACGUCAGGGAUGCGGAGGUCGUACUCCACGCUGUCGCGCUCGGUUUGCGGCCUAUGGUCACUCGCCGGCUGGACGAAGACGAACGCAUGGCUCUUAGGUCGGGCUGCGUGUACGUGUGGGAGCAACGCAGUAGCUCUCCACUAGAAGCAACUGGACAAGAGAUCCAACGCUUCACGGAGGGUCGCAGCUGGGGACCAUCCCGGGCCCAGGAUGAUUUUUUAAUAUAUUUCGAAAAGACGAACACGAGCAGAUCGUCGAUGUUUCACACGGAUUUGAUAGGAAAUUCGACGCUUGUCAGGCAGACGUAUUCUGUUUACGUCGACAGCCCUCGCAAAAUGCGCAAAUGGCAUAUCAAUGCCUACUACUCCGAGAGUACUAUCUCUCAGCUCCGAACAGUCGAUCAGAUCCCGGACCUCAAAGACAUUCAGGUCCCGGAAGGCCGCUACGUCUGUGCAAGGAGCGGAAGUCGUCGAGCCGCGAGGGCCCAGCAGCAGCAGCGCAACACCCGGGUAGACCCCUCCUCGUCCAGUUCGUCUUCCGACCCUCACAGUCCCGUGUAUCGGAACAACCAUCUGCGACUUGCACCUCUCGAGUAUCUCCAGAUGGUCCCACCAAGAGCUCGAGACCCUAUUGAUGACGAGGUGCUGAGGUCCUUCCGGUCCGCUGCAUUGUGA